AUGAAACACAAACACCAGUCAGCACCGCAGAAAUUAUAUCCAGUUGCGGACCUCCAGCCAGCUCUCUGCUACUGGCAAGCACACCAGCCUUCUACCCCCCCCUCCAGAGUCCGGUUCGUCCGGGUUCUUGAAAGCUUGUUCCCUCCACCAUGGCCCAAGGGCAACCGCAUUCGUCCUCCGCCAGAUCAACAGCCGCUAACGCGCCCUCGCUCCUCCCCCUUCGCAGCCAAGUUCCCCUCCUCGGCCGCCUUUGACGCCAUCAACUCGGCCCUCAGCAGCGAGGCCGACCGCAAGGACGCCAUCAAGCAGGGCAACGCCGUCUUCGCCUUCACCCUCAAGAACUCGGCCGGCGAGACGGACAGCUGGCACAUUGACCUCAAGGAGACGGGCACCGUGCAAAAGGGCCUGCCUUCCAAGCCCACCGUCACGCUGUCCCUGUCCGACACCGACUUCGCCUCGCUCGUCGCCGGCAAGGCCAAUGCCCAGAAGCUCUUCAUGUCCGGCAAGCUCAAGAUCAAGGGCGACGUCAUGAAGGCCACCAAGAUGGAGCCCAUCCUCAAGAAGGCCCAGACCAAGUCCAAGCUGUAA